GCCUCCCCCGCCCAUUGGUCGCGCCGCCCCUUAAGUCGGCGGCGAUUGGCUGCGGCGGCCCCGGCCCGGUAUCCGGGUAAGAUGGCCGCAGUCGGCGAGUGUUCGCUCCCCGCUCCGUGGCGGCCGCUCUCCCUCACCCACGUCGAGUACCCGGCAGGUGAUUUCUCGGGUCAGCUUUUAGCUUAUCUGAGCCUUGGUCCGAUAUUCAUUAUCGUCGGCUUUGUAACGCUCAUUAUAUUCAAGAGAGAGCUUCACACGAUCUCUUUCUUGGGAGGGCUGGCGUUCAACGAGGGAGUGAACUGGUUAAUAAAAAACGUUAUCCGGGAGCCACGGCCUUGUGAAGAAGCCCAUUCAACAGUGACCACAAAAUAUGGGAUGCCGUCCAGCCACUCCCAGUUCAUGUGGUUUUUCUCAGUCUAUUCAUUUCUGUUCCUUUAUUUAAGGGUUUAUUUGCUUUACCACACCUGGAGCCAAGUCUUAUAUGGAGGUGUGGCAGGAAGCAUUAUGGCCAUAGCCUGGUUUGCCUUCACACAGGAGAUAUUAACUCCUCUCUUCCCAAGGAUAGCUGCGUGGCCAAUUUCAGAGUUCUUUUUAAUCCGAGACACCAGCCUCAUUCCGAACAUCCUGUGGUUUGAAUAUACAGUCACAAGAGCAGAGGCGAGAAACAGACAGCGCAAGCUGGGGACGAAGCUCCAGUGACUCAGGAGGUGUUGGGGACCAGCGUGCGCAUUUGGAUGGAGACAGACAAGAGCAGAGACCUGGGAGCAGCAAGGAGCCUUUUAACAGAUGGACCAAAGGAACAGGCAGGGACCAUACCCAAAACCUGAAAGCCUUUGCUCUGCUUUAGCAGCUAGCUGGAUGCUCCCUGAUGCAUGUGGGACCGUGCAGGAGUAGAAACUCAUUUUCAACACAGAUGCACAUUGCCGGUUGGAAUGUACCAUCAUGUCUACGUCAGGGGAGGGGGGAGACAAUGUCUGGUGUCAUGUUUGGGGGAGGGAAAACCAAAAAUGAAUCGUUUCUGUGACUUUUUUCUUUUUAUUUUUUUUUUCUUCAGCAUGAAAUAUACACACUAUUUAUUUUUUUAAACGGAGCUAUUGUUUUUGGGGUGGGUGAGGCCUUGUGUGUUUUGUUUUUUUGCUUUUUGUUUGGGUUUUUCUUUUUGGAAGAAGAUGACAAAACUAAUCUCCAGUUGAUCAUGCUUAAUUAGGGCUUUUAGUUUUGAAGAAUUUCUCAAGAGGGGAGAGGGGUACUAAGAUGGUGUAACAUAGGUAGAAGGGAGAGGAAGGUUUUCUUUCCUUUCUGCCACCAGUUUGGGAGAUCCAAUUCAAUUCCAACUGCACUUUGUAUAGACAGAAAGAAAGCACUAAAAGAUUUGAUUUUUAACACUAGUGAUGGUUCUGUGGGGAAGCCUGCACGGAUUCCAUUAAGGGGAGUGUGUGUGUAUAAAAAAAAAAAAAAAAAAAACAACGAAGGAAAACCGAAAUACACUGAUAUAUAUAUAUUUUUUCCACUGCUGCUCCUGGUGUGUAAUUAGCAAGGCUGUCUUUCUCAGAAUCUCUUCUAGGUGGCAAGAUUACCAUACGUAUCUCAUGUUUAUUUCAUCUCUUCCUUUUAUUCUUUUAUUACCUCAGGGUUGCUGGGAUCUGUACAGCUUCUGUUGUUGUACUUGGUGUGCUACCGAUGGCGCUAGAAGGCCCAUUGGUUCUAAGCAAUGCUAUGCUCCAAUAAGUCAGCCCAAAGCCUUACAAAAUUCAGUUGCUAGUCUCUGUCUUAAGCACUGGAUUUUUAUUUUAUUUUUAUUUUUUUGUUAAAGCUUAAGGGAGGGAUUUUUUUUAAGAAUGAACAAAGUGACAACCAUAAAGAAAUAAUAAGGUGAACAACUAAUAACUAGCUCAGUUGCUGUUUGAAUUUUCUGAAGUCUUGUUAGAGUCCAGCUGUGAACUCAGUAGUGAGCUUACUUUAGCAGAUACCCCUACCAGUUGUUACAGGGGGUUGUUUGGGGUUCUGCAGGCAUAAUCUCGAGUGCCAAACUCCUGCAAGCAAGUUUUGCUUUCCAUCCUUCUUCCAUUUUGAUUCCUCGUUUGGCCAGUCAGCUCUCUGGAUGCUGUGUCUCUGUGGGAGUGUGCCUGCCAUCUGUGUGUGCUCCAACUUCAGUGAUCCAUGAGUUAACCUGGCAAGGGCUAUACUCAACGUGCUUCAGGGCUGUGCAUGGACACUUUCUGUAUUUCUGGUAUAUAAUGCAGCAGUUCAAGUGUAACUACAGAGAAAUAUUUAUUCAAAGCACAAUUGACUUGAACUUUCACAGAUAAAGGACAGCUUCUGAACUGGCUCAAAGGUCAUCGGUGUGCCUUCGAUGCAGUCAUGUGAGCAGAGGUAAAAUGACUGUCACAUCUCAGUCUUGCUGCCUGUUUUACUAUCUUCACUUUAAACAGACUCCUGCAUUAUAAAGCUGCUUGAAGUGAGAUGUAUUUCUGUUCACCUUGAUUUUGAUAUAUAUAAUUUAUUAUUUUUUUUAAGUUUUCAUCUGUGCCUGUUGCCAUAGGAAUUUGUGUGUUCAUACGGAGUGGGAGUUGGCUGCUGUAGAAACUGUUGGACAACCAGAGCAUUAACUGUAGAAAGUAGUGAUCCUGAUCUAGGAGAUCAGGAAUUAAGCUCUUUAAGCUUGUGUGUUCAGGUAGCUUUGCAUAGUAAACUGUUUUUCACUUGCAUCAAACCAGGUUUAAGAUCUGUUUAGUUGUUUUGCUUUUUUUUUUUUCUCCAUAACAUAAGCAGUCCUGUUUCUGUUAACAUCUGAAGGACCUGAGCACUGGAUCUGCCUGGAAGGUGUAUCAGAAUAAAGAGGCAUCUUACAGCUUUCACAAGGACAUUUCAAUCUGACUUAAAAUAGCUCUGUUAAAAUUGGGACAGGACAUCAGGUAGGCCAUGUGGCAUGGCAGAACCAUAUGUUUUGAAUCUGAAAGCUGGUACUAAUCACUGACUACUUGCAAACCCAAUUAUUUUCUCCCUGUAUCUCUUACAAAUUAACUUACAAAGCAAGAAGGAGGAUCACAGCUCUCUUUCGCAAGGACAAGGCUGAAAGAAGAUUGUUUAAAGGGUGACUAGCACUUUCCCAGCUUCUUGUAAGCUGUUCUGAAAGAGAGCUGGAAAAACUGUGCAGAAGCACCAAUUGAACCAGAGCACAGGGAAGAGAUUACUGCUCUCCAUGAGGAGAUGCAUAAGGUACAAAGCUGUUCCUCUUCACGUUGCCUUCAAACCCCAGCUCCCUACAGUAAUGCUUAGGAGUAAGAGAGGGAGAAGAGCUCUUGUAAGACUCUGUAAUAAACUCUCCUAUGUUCUGUGA